AUGAUGCCAUUCGAUAGAGAGGAAAGGGCGUUGAUUGAGAAGGAGUACGAGAGGCACAUGAGAGACAUAAGAAAGGCUGAGAUGAGAGAAAGGCACUUUGAGAUGAAAGAUAGGGGAUACACCUUGUCUCUUAGUGCACUUGGAAGCAGCAUGAAUGUGGUGUCUGUGUUUCUUGGAUAUAUUGAAGGCUUGGGGAUAGACAAGAGGAAUGUAUAUGGCCACAUAGCAGACGCCAUUCUCGACGGAAACAGCGGCAUUGCAGAGAAUCUUACGAGCAUACUGAGGCAGGGCCUGAGGGAUGAGGCCUCCAUAUCCAUGGAGAUAGUGAAAAUUCAUGGGCAGACGUGCUAG